UGCCAACAAAAACCAUUCGAUUCCUCCGCCCCCGCCGGCCGAAGCCAAAUCCAGCUCCGACAAAAAAAUUCGCCGCCGCCGCCGCCCGCACCGGAGCCCCGACCCAGACGAGCGUUCCAUGGACUCGUCCCCCGAAUCAGCCAGGGAUUAGCCAGCGUCGCGAUCGCCGCGCCGCCGCCGCCCGCACCGGAGCCCCGACCCCGACGAGCGUUCCAUGGACUCGCCCCCUGAAUCAGCGAGGGAUUAGCCAGCGUCGCGAUCGCCCCGCCCCACCCAGACACCUCGGUGCUGGUGUGUAUCUGAAGGUUUUGGACGGAAUCCGAGAUGGGUAUAAUCAGCACAGUGCUUGGUUUCUCUGGAUUUGGCUUUGGGUUUUCGGCUGGUAUUGUUAUCGGCUACUUCCUCUUCAUCUACGUCCAGCCAAAUGAUGUCAAGGAUGUCAAAGUUCGUCCGCUUGUGGAAUAUGAUUCAAAAUCUUUGGAGGCCAUUCUUCCCGAAAUUCCUUUGUGGGUCAAGAAUCCUGACUAUGAUAGAAUUGAUUGGCUGAACAGGUUUUUGGAGUUGAUGUGGCCCUAUCUUAACAAGGCUAUCUGCAGAACUGCACAGGAAAUCGCUAAGCCAAUUAUUGCUGAGAAUACUGCAAAAUAUAAGAUAGACUCCGUUGAGUUUGAAACUCUUACUUUGGGUAGCUUACCGCCAACCUUUCAAGGGAUGAAAGUGUACGUCACAGAGGAGCAAGAGCUGAUAAUGGAACCGUGUCUUAAAUGGGCUGCAAAUCCAAAUGUCACUGUUGCUGUAAAAGCUUAUGGUUUGAAAGCAACUAUCCAGAUUGUGGAUCUACAAGUCUUUGCUUUACCUCGUAUUACUCUGAAGCCAUUGGUGCCUACAUUUCCUUGCUUUGCUAAAAUCCUUGUCUCUCUCAUGGAGAAGCCACAUGUUGACUUCGGGCUGAAACUUCUUGGAGCAGAUGUAAUGGCUAUUCCUGGUCUUUACAGAUUUGUUCAGGAGACCAUCAAGAAGCAAGUAGCGAGCAUGUAUUUGUGGCCGAAGACAUUAGAAGUACCUAUAAUGGAUCCCUCAAAAGCAUCGAAAAAACCUGUUGGAAUUCUACUUUUGAAGGUUGUAAGAGCCCAAAAUCUGCGAAAGAAGGAUCUGCUAGGUAAAUCAGACCCAUAUGUGAAACUUAAGAUGUCAGAUGACAAGCUUCCAUCCAAAAAAACAACUGUAAAGCGCAGCAAUCUCAAUCCGGAGUGGAAUGAAGAUUUCAAAUUUGUUGUGACAGAUCCAGAAACUCAGGCUCUUGAAGUUAAUGUAUUUGACUGGGAACAGGUUGGAAAACAUGAAAAGAUGGGCAUGAAUAGUGUCCUUUUAAAAGACCUCCCAGCAGAUGAGACUAAAGUUACUACCCUCGACUUGCUUAAGACCAUGGAUCCAAAUGAUGUACAAAAUGAGAAGUCCCGUGGUCAGCUUACUCUAGAGCUUACGUACAAGCCUUUCAAGGAAGAAGAUAUGGAGAAAGAAGGCAUAGAGGGUACCGAUGUGGUACAGAAAGCUCCAGAUGGUACUCCAGCUGGUGGUGGUCUGCUUUAUGUUAUUGUUCAUGAAGCUCAAGAUCUUGAGGGGAAGCACCAUACAAACCCGUAUGCGAAAAUAAUUUUCAAAGGCGAGGAGAAGAAAACAAAGGUCAUCAAGAAGAAUAGGGAUCCACGAUGGGAGGAUGAAUUCGAGUUUGUGUGUGAGGAGCCACCUGUAAAUGAUAAGCUACAUGUUGAAGUCCUAAGUAAAGCCCCGAAGAAAGGGCUGAUACAUGGCAAGGAAACCUUGGGCUACAUUGAUAUCAGCCUUGCAGAUGUGAUCAGCAACAAGCGGAUUAAUGAGAAGUACCAUCUCAUAGACUCAAAAAAUGGUCAGAUACAAAUUGAGAUGCAAUGGAGAACUUCCUAGACAGCAUUGGUACUAGAAAUGUAACAUCUCUAAAAUAUUUGAUUGGCCCUAUGCAUUUUCAUUUACAAUGUCUUCAUGGUACUUGGUAUUGAUAUAAUUUGUUGGAUCUCAUUAGAAGCUAAAACAACACUCUUUGCACUUAUUUUGGGACAGAGGGAGUAGGUGUGUUAAUGUGUUACUGACCCUGGAAACGAACUCGAACUUAUUCUGUGACUACUACAGAUCAUACAAGUAUACUCGGCAUUCUGUCAUACUGAAUGUUGCUACCAA